AGAUGUUAGAUCGUCAUUUUUUACCUGCGAUGCGCAGCUGAGAGGUAUAGAGAUGCCUGGCAAGAAAAAGAAGAGCGGCAAGAAGAAGAAAAAGAAGUCGGCCCGUCCCACUUCAGGGACAGGGUCCGCAGCUGAGGGUACUGAAGACCCAGAGACUCUGGUAGACCCUGGAGCCACUGAUGGCAAGAAGAAGAAAAAGAAGAAAGUGGUGAAGAAGAAGCUCACCAAAGCAGAGAAAGCCCAGGAGAAGCUUGAGAAAGAAUGCAGUGACUACAAGGCCAAUGACCAACUGUACGAGGCUUAUGUGGACCGUAUGGACAGGUGGUUGCGAACAAACUAUGGGCGCUCCAUCGACCUCUUCCGCAAAUUUGACACCAACGGAGAUGGGGUGGUGUCCUAUGAGGAAUUCAAAUCAGGUAUGACAGACCUGGGUGCCCCCUGCACAGCGUUGGAGCUGCAUCUACUCUGUAAACUGUUGGACAAGGAUGGGGACGAAACCAUCGACUACCUCGAGUUCUCUAGAGGAAUUAGAUAUGUCAGGGACUCCGAUCUAGAAGAUGAUGAAGAAGAGGAAGAGGAUGACCUCCCCCGAUUGGUCAUCACCAGGGAGACGCUGGACAGCUGCCCUCUGGCCUGCUGUAAGAUGGGGCACUGGAAAGGACCUUACAGGGAAAAGAACCCAAAAUACAUUGACCUUGAGCUACGAUUGGUGACCUUUGACAAGAUGAAGAACCACCCAGGUCACUUCAACAUCACUGUUCACGCCCACCUGACCAUAUUUGGGGUGAUCCAGAUUAUCAAGGAAGAGACUGACAUUGCAACAACCAGGCUGAAGGUUUUUAGGGAUGACACAAGAACUCAGGAAGCGUUGUUGUUCCCAGACAUGACCCUAGCGGAGUGCGGGUAUGAAGGGGACAGCAGACAGAACCCAGAGGAGGUCACGCUCUACUACGACUACGGGGUGGAGUUUAACGACUGUCCUCUACUGCUGUGUGACUACUACUUUGACUGACAUCCACUUACAUGACAGUCAUAGACAAUUUGAUGGAUUGAAAGCAAAAGUAUAACUGUUACAGUAAUUUGAGACAUAUCAGACAUUGUAAUAUGAAAGAAAAAAUAUGAUAUUAAUGUUGUAUGAAUGGAAUCUCAUCAUCAUCAUGGCUCUUUCCCUGUAGACAAGGAUGUGAUGGAAAUGGAAUCUACUUGUACUGAUAAUGCAGGAAAGAUGUGUUUUCUAGACCAAAGGCUUAUGGUAAAGUUGAUACAUUUUUGUAAGUUAUUGUUAAAAACUUCAGCAUGCUAAAUUCAUAGGUAACAACUGAGAUGUCAUUGCUGUAUGGUGCCCAUUGAGAAUUAAAGAUAUAAUUAAUAUAAAUAAAUGUUAGCUGUAGAGUAAGUUUUGUAUACUUUAUGUAAACAAUAAGGUUGGAAAAGGAACCCUCCUUGAUGUAAAUAGUGUAUUGCAACCAAGACUAGUCUAAGACAAGUAUAUUUGUGCACGAUUGUGUAUUUGGAUUUGUUGCAUGCAAUUGUGCUUAACAUCUUUAAUGUGUAUGUAGAGGGUAGAAGAGUGUGUAGUAGAAUUACUCAUCUAUGAAAAUGAUAACUGUUCUGAUAUUUUAUGACUUAUCUGUGCAAUUGGCAUAUCAUGUAUUUAAAGGAUACUGUAUUAAAUGUUUGCUUAAUGACU